AUGAUGGCGUGGCCAACACGCAACAACAACUCAAUUAUCCCGGAGUCCGCGUUUCCGUGGACUAAUGCCGAGUCGGAGAAUUGGAGAACCGAGUAUCUCAAACAGCCCGAGACUCUUUUCAUGCCCCCGUCCCCUGAUUCCUCGACCACCUCGAGGCCGCCCACCGCUCGACCUCCUUCAUACAACUAUCAGCUGCAGCUUCCAUCCGCGCCGCUUCCCUACACACAGUUCCCCUCUACAGAAUUCCCCUCUACUCCGAUUGCCCUUGGCACAAUGCUGUCCCCCACUCCUUCCUCGUCGUACCUAGACCCAAGCACCUUCAGGCGGUCCAUCAACAACCACAGCCCAAGAUCCGUUCCAACCCAAGCAACAAACACCGUACUCUCCCCGGCAAGCCUCUACGACACCAGAUGUCCCAGUCCUUGGGAUGAUCUUCCCGUCUCGACACCCAUAAUAAAAGAGACACUUCCGUCGGAUGAGGCGAGCAAGGAGCCUAGCGAGACCAAAAGGCCGUGUCGGUCUCGUGGCCGUGCAGCCAAAAGAAAGGACAACGAUAAUUACGGAACCUUCAAAUGCGAAUGGAAGGGCUGCCAAUAUGACCGUCUGUUCUCGCGCAAAGGAGUCCUCAUGCGGCACAUCCAGACUCAGCAUGUCAAUCCACGGGCUUUCAAGUGCCCCUGGUGUGACCAUGCUUCGAGUCGACGGGAGAACUUGAAAGCGCAUAGACAAUCGAUUCACAAGGAAACGCUGUAA